AUGGAGAGAUCAAGUGGGACGUACCUCAACAUGGACGCAGUGGCCUCUCGGGUGGGAGUUGCUCGACUCUUGCAGGCUGCGUUUGGAUGUACCACCUUCAGCCUCGUGGCCCACCGAGGGGGAUUCAGUGCGGCCUACGGCUCCUUCUGCAUAUCGGUCUGGUGCUUUUGCUUUGCCGUCACCAUCUUCAUCCUCACCUGCGAGUUCACUCGCCUCCACAGCUGCCUAAGCAUCUCCUGGGGGAAUUUCACAGCUGCCUUUGCCAUGCUCGCCACCCUCAUGUCCAUCACUGCCGCUGUGAUCUAUCCGCUCUACGUCCAGUUUGACUGCGAUUCCAAGAGCUGUGAGGUGAGAAACUUCCGCAUUGCCAGUAGUAUUUUUGCAGGGCUUCUCUUCUGGGCGUAUGCUGCAGAAGUGUUUCUAACUAGGGCCAAGCCAGGGCAGGUAACAAGUUACAUGGCCACGGUUUCAGGCCUCCUGAAAAUUGUCCAGUCCUUUGUAGCUUGCAUCAUCUUUGGCGCUCUGGCGAAGGACAGCCAAUACAAUAAAUACGCGGCUACUCAGUGGUGUGUGGCUGUUUACAGCUUCUGCUUUGUGGUGACGGUGGUAGUGGUGGCUCUCAACGUCACAGGAAAAACAGCAACGCUGAAAUGCCCCUUUGAGCACUUUGUGGUCGUCUACACGUUCGUGGCUGUCCUGAUGUAUGUGAGCGCUGCAGUGAUAUGGCCGGUUUUCUGCUUUGAUCGUAAAUAUGGCUCUCCACACCGCCCCUACCAGUGUUCCCGAGCCCUGUGUCCGUGGGACAACCAGGUGGUCAUUGCGGUAUUCACCUAUGUGAACCUAGUACUCUACAUGGUGGAUUUAGCAUACUCGCAGCGUAUCCGCUUUAUCUCACCUCACUAA